AUGGUGACCAUGCCUGCCCAAGCCCCUGAUCGUCCCAGCAUCUUGGCGGUCAAGCGCGGCACAGGCGGUGCUGGAGCCAAGAGUCUUCCCUUCGAUGGUCACAUCGACACCGUCUCGCUGGCCGGCUACGUGGGCGAUGGUGUCAGUGGCGAGCUGUGGGAUGAAAGGAUCUAUGGUCGAAGCAGUGCAGACAUGAGUGCAGACAUGGAGGGCGGACUGGUGGCUGUCAUGAUUACUGUGCUGGGCAGGGCAGGCCACGGCUCGUGCUGGGAUCAAGGCGUCGACGCCAUCGCCGACAUGGGCGUCUUCCUCGCAUGCUUCCAAAGACAUUGUAACGAACUCCAUCGGAGAGACCGGAAUCCUUCGCUGGACUUUGGAAGUGCGCACGCUGGCAAGAUUCCUGGUGGCGAAGAGACAUCGACCUGUCCAGCGCACGCAACAUUCACCGUCGAAAGGCGUACUCUGCCUCUGGAGAGCGAUGACAGGGUCCAGGAGGAAUUGGUGGCAUUGCUGCCGGAAGCCCAGACCCGCAUUCAGCACGACUUCAAGGGCACGAUCCGCAAGCUCCUCUCGAGGCCUCCGCUCGCUUCUCGAGAUGUUCCUCUGGUUCAGCUCCGCCGGUUGCCAAGCCACAGCUCAGGACACGAGCCGAACACCAUGCCCGCCUCAUCUCCCCGAUCCAUCGUCGUUACUGGCGCCAACAAGGGUAUCGGCUACGAAGCCGUAAAGCACCUCGCACAGAAGCUGCCCGACGCCACCAUCUACCUUACAGCUCGCUCGCAGUCCAACGGCAAAGAUGCGGUGGACAAGAUGAAGAAGGAGGCGCCCGAUGCCGACUUCUCCAACGUCCGCGUCAUCCUCCUCGAGAUCACCGACGCCUCGUCCAUCCGCGAGGCAGUGGCAACCGUGCAGAAGCAAUCUAGAACGCUCGACGUGCUGCUGCACAACAGCGGUAUCCUGCAGGUGCCCGGGCAAAAGGGUUCCAAGGGUGUCUUUGACGUCAACGUUCGGGGAGCCAAGGCCUGCAUCGAGGCGUUCGCUCAGAUCCUCACCAAGGACACGGGCAAGAUCAUCGUCGUCUCGUCCGAAGUGGGUUCGUGGUCCACGGCUGCGCAGGUGAAGUCGCUGCAAGACAAGCUGCUGGAUGGCAGCAAGACGGACUGGAAGCAGGUCGAGGCGUGGAUGGACGACUGGCUGCUCCACGAGCAGGGCGGUCAGGGCGUACAGGAGCCAUGGAAGCCAAUCGACCCGCUGGAGAACUCGGGCUAUGCGGUCAGCAAGCUCUUCCUUAACGCCUAUCUGCGAAACUAUGUGUUGCAUAGCCAGCACCCGCGACUUGCAGUUGUCUGCCCGGGCUACUGUGCCACCGAGCUCAACGGCUUUUCGGGUCAUCGCCCGGCUUCGCUGGGAGGCGAGAGCGUUUGCUGGCCCGUCUUCAACGACUUUGAGGAUGGCCACUUCUACCAGGAUGGAAAGGACCUGCCGUUCCUCUACCCAAUGCCCGAAGGCUUCAACCUCUAG